CCCAAGCUGCAACAGUCCCUGGUUCUUCCCUGCGCAAACUCCCAGGACUAAGUGUGACCCCUGCUCCGCAUCCUCUGCCCCAUCACAGCAUCCCAGCAACGGGUACCUUCCCUACUUGCUACCAGGCAGUACCCGAAACCGCCGUGCCCAGAGGUUGGAGAACUUCAAGGGAGCCGGCUCCGGCUGGCAGCGGGAGUGUGGCACGUCCCGGGCUGCAGACGCUGGCCAUGGCUUCAGUCCCCACCGCCGAGAGCUGGACCGACGGGGCGGCAGGCGUGGGAACGCAGGCAGAGAACCUGAGCGCUGGGUUGGGGGUCACUGAGUGGCUUGCGCUCCAGGCUGGCAACUUCUCCUCGGCUCUGGGGCUGCCGAUGACAUCCCAGGCACCUUCCCAGGCCCGGGCCAACCUCACGAAUCAGUUCGUGCAGCCGUCCUGGCGGAUCGCACUCUGGUCGCUGGCCUAUGGCUUGGUAGUGGCUGUGGCAGUCUUUGGCAACCUCAUCGUUAUCUGGAUCAUCUUGGCCCACAAGCGCAUGAGGACCGUCACCAACUAUUUCCUGGUAAACCUGGCUUUCUCCGACGCCUCCAUGGCCGCCUUCAACACCUUGGUCAAUUUCAUCUAUGCUCUUCACAGCGAGUGGUACUUUGGCGCCAACUACUGCCGCUUCCAGAACUUCUUUCCCAUCACAGCGGUGUUUGCCAGCAUCUACUCUAUGACAGCCAUUGCAGUGGACAGGUAUAUGGCCAUUAUCGACCCUCUGAAGCCCAGACUGUCUGCCACGGCCACCAAGAUUGUCAUCGGGAGUAUUUGGAUUUUGGCAUUUCUACUUGCCUUCCCUCAAUGUCUUUAUUCCAAAAUAAAAGUCAUGCCAGGACGAACUCUUUGCUAUGUGCAGUGGCCAGAGGGUCCCAAGCAACAUUUCACGUACCACAUCAUCGUCAUCAUCCUGGUGUACUGUUUCCCAUUGCUCAUUAUGGGUGUCACCUACACCAUAGUUGGAAUUACUCUCUGGGGAGGAGAGAUCCCAGGAGACACCUGUGACAAGUACCAUGAGCAGCUGAAGGCGAAGCGAAAGGUUGUAAAGAUGAUGAUCAUUGUUGUGGUGACAUUUGCCAUCUGCUGGCUGCCCUACCACAUUUAUUUCAUUCUCACUGCCAUCUACCAACAGCUGAACCGGUGGAAAUACAUCCAGCAGAUCUACCUGGCCAGUUUCUGGCUAGCAAUGAGCUCAACCAUGUACAACCCCAUCAUCUACUGCUGUUUGAAUAAAAGAUUCCGCGCAGGCUUCAAGAGAGCAUUUCGCUGGUGUCCUUUCAUCCAAGUCUCCACCUACGACGAGUUGGAGCUCAAGACCACCAGGUUUCAUCCCACGCGGCAGAGCAGCCUGUACACGGUGAGCAGGAUGGAGUCGGUGACCGUGCUGUUUGACCCCAAUGACGGGGACCCAGCCAAGUCCAGCCGGAAGAAAAGGGCAGUGCCCAAAGACCCAAGUGCCAACGGCUGCUCCCGCAGAGAUUCCAAAUCUGCCUCCACCACGUCAAGCUUCAUAAGCUCACCCUACACUUCUGUGGAUGAAUAUUCCUAAAUUCAUGUCCUGUGGUGAAGGCUGCUAUGGCGCCUACGUCCCCCAUUUUCCUAACUGUGUAAACCCCUGUUCUAGGUACUUGAGGGAGACAGAAGGGCAAUCAUUGGGUCGGGAUACUCAAUCUGAGAAAGAGGGGAUAUAAGUGUCACAAAACAUACCAACAUAUCAGCCAGUACAAAAAAUAAAAAACUGAGUCUUCAACUUAUUCUUUAAAAACAUUAGGAUCAUAUGCAACAAGCACAAAGUAUGAAUCAGAAAAAUGUCCUAAGUGUCCAGGGUCUGUCAUUUAACAAUUGCAGCCCACCUUUUCCACACAGAAACAGCACAGAGGUUUUCUAAGAGAUUGAGGGAGCCUUAAAAUGCAAUGCCGAGCAAAGGCGACCAACACCUAUAUAAACAGCUCUGUAUUGCUGUGAAAACGAAAGAG